AUGUCCUGCCGCCUCGUUUGCACAUGCCGAAGCUCAAGCUCAAGCUCAAGCGCCCGAAGACGCCUUCACGCCGGCGCGCACGCCCAAACUCAAGCUCAAGCCCCCGGUGACACCCUCACACCAGCUUUGCUGCGGUCGUCACGCGGCCCUGCCGCAUCCCUCAUAUCGGAUUCUGGCCGCGUUCUCUUUUGGCUGAGCUUUUGUAUGAUUGACAUCGACUUCCCUCACGCCUCCGACCUGAAAGCGCCGCGCCUCAUGCCAACACAAAGUGGGGCUGCGUAUUCACCUUAUGAGGCUACCAUUCAACUGCGCGCCACAGACUACAGCUUUCAUCAGCAAUGGGUUGAAGGGUGCGACACCGGUGAUGAUGAGCCGCCCAUCUCCGGCGACGAUGACCACGACGAGGAGUCCGCCCACGACGAUGAGAACGUCAAUGCCCACGGCGCCAGCAACCGCACGCACUACAACAAGAACAUGCUAGCCCGUGACGACGGCUAUGGCACGUCCACCCAAGGAGAACGCUUGGCUCAUUGCAAGCGGCCCGCAGAGCCGGAUCUCCCCCUCCAUGAACCUUUCGUUGAGGCCAGCUCUCGCCGGAAACGUCAUCGGCACAGCGAGGGACCCCUGCAUGAAGCUGCUCCAUCCACGCAAGCUGUCUCUUUGCCGCCACCUUUUGUCAUGGAUGGGAGCACGUGCGAACAACGCCGCCGGAGGAAGAAGCGCAGCAAACAGAAGGCAAAAGCCUUCACGUCCGUUUUGCUGACAGGACGGACGACAACCCCCUCGCGGGCGAAGCUCUUUAGCCAUGCCCCAGCCGUAGAAGCAGAUGCAAACAUUGCAAAGCUCAAGGGCUCGGCUACUAAGCCUUGUUAUGUGGCGAAAGCUACAAGGGAGCAGAAACACAAGCGUACCUAUACCCGUGAGGAGGCGCUUGCUAAGGGGCUAACCCUGGUGCAGUGGGAUGGCUUGAAGCCUAAGCUGAUCACUGAUCAGGAUGGCCGUGUCAUCGCAGCCCUUGCUGCAGCACCUAAAGGAGACGGGUGGUCCAAGGUUUUGGAGGACGCCAACCAAGCCCUAUCAUGGGUGGAGAAGGAGAUUCCUAUGAUGGAGUCUAAGUUAUCUCAUCGAAGGGGGCAUUUCCCCUGCAUCGCGACAGGCUUCAGCCAUGGAAAUGGCAGAGGGAAACCCGGCAACUUUGUACAUGGAAAGAAAACUCAACGAGUUAUUGAUAAGCUGCUUCAAGAGCCAAGCAUUAUUGCAAUUGAGCGUCAUAUACGACAGGCCUUUAAGAACGUUCAGCCCCGUCUAUCCAAGUACUACCGCUUCAUCUGA